ACGUUGCAAACGAGCUGGGGCACAGCCAACAGCAGUAUGGCCAUUCCCCAAUUUUCUCGUCGUCGAGAAGAUUACACAGCCUUCCUCCGUUCCAGGUUGACGCGCUAUCCUUCCGGAUCUCUAGAUCGACUCUCUUUGCAAUAUGGUAUACUCGCCCAGCACCUAUCUCGUCUCCGCUGCCGUGGCCGCCGUCGCGUUGCAGAUGCAGCACGCUUCCGCCGCGUCGCUGUACUACGGAGUGCACUCUGUGACACAGACCGCGGAUACGAUCUCGAAAUCGUCCCCAUUUGUUGGUGGCGAGGUCCCCGACCAGGACUGCGCCGUCGAGGUGGAGAUUGACCCCACCCUUCCGGACAUCACCACCAUCUCGACGGUGCCGGUGACGUACCCUGAGCUGCUGGCCAACUUGACUACGGCCCCGACCGAGCCGGUGCACACCAAGGUCGGCACUGUUGUGCUGUCCGAAGAGACCCCGAACACUGACGCUGACCAGGAUGCGUACGUCACCUCGGGCUCGCCAACUCAGGGCUCGACGGAGGUGAACCCGCCCGCUACCAAGACGGGCACGUCGAACGUCACCGCUGCCCCGUCCAAGACGGGCACCGUCACGACUUCGGGAACUCCGUCCAAGACUGGAACUACCACAGGUAACACGACACCGUCGACUGUCAAGGGUGGAGCUAAGCCCAAGGACUGUGCCACCGGCUGGGAGGAAGAACCGGCCACGGCCACCCGUAAGCUGCGUAACAGCGUCGUGUCGGGCCAUGCUCUCGAGGAGAAGCUCGAGAAGAAGCGUCGUCUGGAGGCUAAAACGAACAGGGACAUUGACAGGCUCGAGGCCUACUUCGGCACCAAGAUGGAGUUGAAACUCAAGGACCUGCCAACCCAGGGUGUAUUCACGCCUGCGCCGUGGCCCGCCCCGUACUGGCCGACCUACCAGGACAGCAUCAACGUCGUCUGGAGUGAGGGACAGCCCAGCCCCGCUGAGAAGUACGCCAAGGCUUUCGGUCUUGACGUGAAGGAGUUCAUGGACAAGGUGUCGAAGGACAAUGGUGUGGACUCGCAGAGCAAGCGCACCAAGUGCUCGUCGGACAACGACUGCGCUUCCCGCACGGACGGCAGCAAGUGCGCCAUCCGCGACGGCAAGACCUCGGGCUACUGCAUCCCUACGUGGUUCGGUAUCUGCCACGCUUGGGCCCCGGCUGCUAUCAUUGAGGAGGAGCCGAACUGUCCGGUCACGCACAACGGCGUGACGUUCCAGCCCUUGGACAUCAAGGGUCUGAUCUCGGACGUCUACGACGGUGCCAAGGUCUCGACGGUGUUCACGGGUGCCCGUUACAACGGUGGCGAUGACGGCACGGAUGAGUAUGGCCGUCACACGAACGACGCCUACCGUGACAUGAACCCUGCGUACUUCCACAUCGCCGCUGCCAACCUUCUCGGCAAGCUCAAGCACUCGUUUGUCGUCGACGUGACGGCCAGCGCUGAGGUGUGGAACCAACCCGUGCGAGGUUUCAAGAUGUACGAGCAGACUGCCAUGUCGCUCGAAGAGGCCGCUCAGACCUUCUACGGCCUCGAGGAGUACCCGUGGAACGCCGCUGCUAAGAGCAUUGUGUACGUCAAGUCGCGUCUCUCGUGGGUCUUCGAGACGUACACAGACGGCGGCCUGGUGGCCUCGGGUGAAGUGGACAAGUUCACCACGGGCCAGUACUACUACUACCUUCUGGAGCUGGAUGAUGCCGGCGAGAUCAUCGGUGGUGAGUGGGUGUACAACUCGGACAGCGACCACCCUGAUUUCCUGUGGUUCGCCAAGUCCAAGCCUGCCGCGGACACUGUGACCAGCAUUGGUCUCAGCUACGCAGACGUGAGCAUGCUUCUUAAGAAGUCAGUCGCUUGCUCUGACUCUACGUCGGCUUCGGGCUCGGCUGGCUCGGCUUCGGCCUCUGCUUCGGCGUCGGCCUCGACCUCGGGCUCGGUGGGUGCUUCGGGAUCGGCGACGAGCUCUGCCUCGACCUCGGCCGGUUCGGCUACGGACGUGCCGUCCACGAGCUCGACUGCUUCUAACGCGGGCAGCGUGGCUACGGACGCCCCGGCUACGGAGGCCCCUGCGACGGGGACCCCGGCUGCUACUACGCUGAAUACCGGCGCCCCCGCUGCGACAACGGCUACUCCGUCCAGCAAUGGCGGAAACCAGGGCAACAACCAGGGUGGCAACCAGGGUGGCAACCAGGGCAACAACCAGGGUGGCAACCAGGGCAACAACCAGGGCAACAACCAGGGUGGCAACCAGGGCAACAACCAGGGCAACAACCAGGGUGGCAACCAGGGCAACAACCAUCACGAUGAGAGCGAAGACCAGUACCACCAAUACCAGCAGCAGCAACAGCAGCAGUUCGAGAACAGCGACCACCCACGUCAAUGGUACCAGUCCUUCUUCCACUGGUGGUAAGCGGGGCAGAUGCAGCAGUGCCUUAAGUGAUGAACAGUGAGAGAGAAUCACCUGUAUACGUGAUGGUAUGGCAACCGAGCUAGUGCCUUACGGCUUCAGUCUCAAUGAAAAUCACCAUUACAUGGCAAAACUCCACUACUUAUCAAGUGUAAUUAGAUACGGUAAGGAGCAAUAAUCGAGCAGUAAUGAGUCUGUAGAUGUCUUGAGGCAAAGCAAAUGAGGCCCAGUUUUACAAUAACGCUGUCCAGGCAUAAUCGUUGCUGAAGCUGCU